GGGAGGAUACUACUGAAUGCGGAGGGCCGUUAGCAGCUGGGAGGCACAGGCGCUCUGCAGGUGCUUAGAGAGACUCUUUCCUCGGCGUUCUUUUCUCCACAGAAGCGGCCUGGGGAGAGCGCGCGGGCGCGAGGCGGAGUUUCCCCACCCGGGCCCGAAGGAACCCCCGAGGGCGGUGGUCUGGCGGGGCCCCUUCCCUCUUCCCACCUGCCCCCGCUUGAGAGGCCAGCCCUCCCCCAGAGGCGGCCGCCUCUUCCUCCUCCUCCGAGCCGGUGUGCGGCGGAGGCUGCAGUGUCGGAGCGCCGCUUGGGCACGUGCCCUGGGAAGGCUCUUCUCGUCCUUCUGCUGGAAGCGGCGGCGGCUCCCCCCUGCCGCAGCGAAGAAGGAAGCCGGGAGGCGGCGGCUGCCUUUUCUGCCUGCCGGAGGAGCAGCAGCACCGUUCCGUUCUGCACCAGGGAGGAGGAGCGCCGAAGACUGCGCCUUCCCCGCUGCGGCGGAGCAGCUGACCGAGGCUCUGGGGCGCUCUCCCGCCUCGUCCCUUCUCAUGGAGCCGGGAGCUACUGCGGCCAGUGCCGCCGCUCUCUUCCUGGCUGGGAGCGAGCAGCAGUUUUACUCUGAGCUGUUCUCGCUUUGCUGCGGCGGCCAAGCUGCGCCCGAGGCGGGGACGGCCCCGGCCGCUGGGGGGAGCAAAGUGGCGGAGCUCUUCAGGGCGUCGCAGCUGCCUCCGGAGACGCUUCACCAGAUUACAGAAUUAUGUGGUGCUAAACGUGUUGGAUAUUUUGGUCAUGCUCAGUUUUAUGUUGCUUUGAAGCUCAUUGCAGCUGCCCAGUCUGGUAUCCCUGUACGAUUAGAGAACAUUCAGAAUGAAUUACCCUUGCCUCGGUUUAUGGCACUGAAAAUUGAUAAUGAAAUGCGGUACAGUCAUCCUGCAGAAGCACAUGGAGCUAAAUUUCAGAUCCCGCAUGCAACAGCUGAAAGAAGAUUGGAUGAAGGAGACAAACAGCAAGAUGCAAAGUCUCCCACUCUGUCUCCCAUUGAUUCACCACCUGCUUCUCCAUCAAGCUACCAGAGAAUUCCCUUGACUUAUGGGUAUGGCAUACUGAGGAGUGGGCUUGAACAGCAGCAUGGAGGGCCAUAUGAAGUUCGACAUUCGACACACCAACAAGAAGGACCAACAUCAGGGAAUUAUGGGUCCAAAUCAGUACCAGCACAUUCUUCUCUGACACGGUCUUUUUCAGUAGAAAGAGAACCACAGGACAACAGUAGUAGUAAUUACUCAGAUGACCCCUGGAGGAUAACUGAGGAACAACGCGAGUAUUACAUCAACCAGUUCAAGUUCCUGCAACCUGACUUGAACUCUUUCAUUUCAGGUUCUGUGGCUAAGAACUUUUUCACAAAAUCUAAGCUGCCCAUCCCUGAGCUUUCACACAUAUGGGAACUUAGUGAUGUAGACUGCGAUGGAGCAUUGACACUAUCAGAAUUCUGUGCUGCCUUUCACCUUGUGGUUGCUCGGAAGAAUGGUUAUCUUUUGCCAGACACUUUGCCGGAGACUCUGCUGCCUGAUUAUCUUCAAGCAGCUUCCCUUAAGCCUAAAUGUGACUGUGUGUUGAAUUCUUAUUCGGAAUCAUUGUCAGUGGGUCAACAAACAAGAGACUUCAGUAGGACUGAGCUGGAAACUGUCCGUGAGCAUCCAAACAACUCGGAGCCACUGAUUCUCUUUGAGGCAACUUCUGUUAAACCAGAGACUUCACCUGAAGAUGCACCCAAUGAAAUUGCCCUGACACAGGAUGCAAUUAAUGAUGACAAACAAGGCCUGAAAAUUAGUGCAUCAGCCCAAACAAUUCCAAAGGAAUGUAAAGUAUCUCAGCACAUGGCUGUCAAAACAGUUGCUCAGGAAUCAAAUACACUCAAAGCAAGACCAAGAUCCAGGUCUUAUUCUAGCACAUCUAUUGAAGAUGCAAUGAAAAAAGGGGGAGAACCUCCAACUCCCCCACCGAGGCCACAGAAAUCGCAUUCCAGAGCAUCCUCCUUAGAUCUGAAUAGAAUGUUCCAGCAAAAUACACAAGCUAGGGCAGGCUGGCUUCCACUUCCCCCUGCUCUGCCUCCUAGGCCUUUUGGUUCACAGGUUUCUCAUCAUAUUACAAAUGUUGAACCAAAUGCUCAACUCAAAUCAAGCUACAAAGACUUCAGACUUGAAGAACAGAUGGAGCAAGAAUCUGUGGUCGAAUUACAUUUGCCAACCACCAAAGCCUCAUCACAGGUAGAAGAAAGCAGCCUAGUAAAAAAGGAGGUUUUGUUUACUCAGCCGCCCUCAAAACCCAUCCGCAGGAAAUUCCGACCUGAAGGCCAGAUGCUGGAAAAUCAGGAACUUUCUCCCACUAAAAGUGUGGCAUCUUCUUUGGCUGCCAUCAAGCCCCACCAUUCAAUCCCAAAACAGUCCUCAAAACAGAAGAAAGCUAUUCAGACAGCUAUUCGUAAAAACAAAGAAGCGAAUGCAGUGCUUGCUAGGUUAAACAGUGAACUCCAGCAACAGCUAAAGGAAGUUCACAAAGAACGAACAGCCUUGGAAACCCAGUUGGAGCAGCUCCGACCUGUAACUGUCCUAUGACAGUAUAUAAAAGAACAUUUGUGUCAAGAAUCCUUAGAUUGCAUCAGCACCCCAUAUUGGCAUAAUGUUUGCACUAAGGCAAUAUCAUGGAAGAAAAAAUGACAGCCAGAUUUCUUUAGCAUUUCUUGCACCAGUUUAUCUUGCAGUUGGAAAAAGGUACAGAAUCUGAAUGUCAAACUUUAUGCCUGUGAAAUCAAAAAGUUACCUCCAUUGGUCCUUCAGAAAUGCCAGUCAAAAGCCAUCUCUCUCUUAUUAUAAGCUUGUUAUAUAUUUCAGUUAUUUUUUAUUUAUAUGCAAUUGAGGGGGGGACUUCCAGGAAAUUUGUUUAUAUUUAAAUUCAUACUGGAAAGUCAUUCCAUAGAUACCUGUGAUUUCUCAAGGUCUCUCUAGUUUUAGGAUAAAUGUAAGUAGCAUCUGCAGAAAUUUGUAUGCUUUUUACGUACCUUACUAAUCACAUAUAGGUGCAAGGCACCAGCCUAGUUAUGAUGUAACACAUGCACAUUCUUUCCUCUAAAUGCUGUCCCUACUCAUUGGCUCCUUGCCUGUUUUAUUAAUCAGUACAUCUCAGCCCCGCUGCAUUAGUUGCCACUUGCGCUCCUUCGGUGUUGGUGAGAGUGGAGUGCCACAAGCGACACCAUUUGGAUUGAGACCCUUUGUUCUGAUCAGAUGCAGCAGUUUUGCAUAUUGCACCACCAAAGCCAUUUUAUGAGGGGCACAUAUAUGCCUAUAGCUCAGUUCAUGGGUUUCAUCUGUUUGCACUGGCAUGUGCAGUACCUUAGCACUGAUAUUCAUUGGGUGCUUUCCACGCUGUUUUGUUAUGCAACCUCAUCAUCUUGGAGUAGUCAAGUUUGGGGCAUAUUCUACAACUAAUAGAGAGCACCCUCCCCCAACAAGUGAUCCUAUGGAGUCCUUGUGCAUGGUGAUACUAUUGUGUUCUCUGUCAGCAUGGCUGGCUUUGUGAAUUGUGCCCCAUUACAGUAUUUUAUAUUUUACUGAUAAAAUGCUAUCAACUAAUGAAAAAUUUAAAUCUAAAACUUAGAAACCUACUGGUUAUAGCAAUUGUAUUUUGAUUACUUGUUCUGUAAGAUAUAACCAGCAGGGAAAGUUGGCAAUGAACAUUCCCCUCAUACUGUCUGUCUAUCAGUAAAACUUAUUUACUUGAAAAAUUAUACUUGGUUUAUGUUCUAAAAACUGAAAUUACCAAAAAAGUACCUGUGUAACUUUCAUUCCAUUUGGGGGUAUGGUUCUUGGCCAUGGUGACUUACUGGGUCAUCUUUCCAAAUCACUCCACACAGCUCGCCCUAAGAAGGCCUACUGAACUCAGUGGGACUUCAUUGGAGUAAACAGACAUAAGGAUCUGGCUGUAUGUCCCCUUAAUAGUAUAACUUUGUCUGGAUUGUACCCAAAAUAUAUAAUACUCCUUAAUUUGCAUAUGGAGACUGCUUUGACAAAAGGAAAAGAGAUAUUCUGAGGAAAAGGACAUGCAGAAUAAGCUUUUUACCAUCACCAGUCUUAACAUUUGUUCAGUUUGGCUUUUUUUCAUAGAUUAUUGUGCAUCAUUACAAAAUGUAGCAUACAUAUUGCAUCAUCUAGAAUUCUCCCCCAUUUCCUUCUUGCCUUAAAAUGUUCCAUAUUUCAUUAUUUUUAUAAAACAAGCAUAAUUUCUGAAACUGGAAGACCUUACUAAUUAAUACUAGAUUAGCAAUAUCCUCUGAGAAUUGCUGCUUUAGUUUUCAUACAGUGAAAGUCUUAAAAACAUUAUUACUUGAGAUCAAACUUAACCAUGUGUUUAAAUAUUUUAGGCUAGACUCACAGCAUCUGGAUCUUAUGUGGCAAAAAUUGUGCAUCUUCUCUUCAAUAGUAUAUAAAUCCUAGUAGUACGACUACCGACUGAGCUAUGGGGACUUUUUUAGGCCUACAGUACAUAUUACCGACACACUACCAGAUUUCGGGUUUAUUUAAAGUUUCACAGAGCUGUGUAGUGUGAACAUCAUUAAUAUAAAUAUUUAAAAUUGGCAAGAAACAAUGUUUUGACUAGCAUUUAUAAAAAUUGUUUGAAGAGGGGUCUGGAAGAAUAAAAGAAAACUAUCUAAAAUUAAAGCUAUUUCAAAGUCGGGUAUAUAAAAAAAAAUUGGUUGGGUAUCUCAAGUUUAUUUAUAAUCAUGAUAGCCUAUGACAACAUGAGGUUAGAAACAAUAAUGGUCAUACUUAGAAACAAUCUCAUUCCAUCUUUAUGUUGGUUACGCCAUAAAAAUUAUUUCAAAUAUCUUGUUCAAUUGCUACAGUAAUUACUGGAGUUAAAAAUUAUUGUAGCAUGAUGCCACAUUUUUCUGCUAAAAAUGGCAUUCAGUGCAGCUCUGCUACUUUUAUAGAGAUGUGUGACAGUUCCCUAUACUGAGUCAGUCUAUCUCCAUUCUGUCUGCAUUGACUGGCAGUAUUCUUUCCUAGUCCAGCAGCCACAGAAUUUUGGCCAUUUCCACACACUGUUAAAGAGACAGACCACUCACUGAACUCUGGCAUUUUUUUUUCACUCGCUCCAUACAUCUCCAAUUUUAAAGC